UCGUCGUCAUCAUCGCAGCCGCCGCAUAGCGCUCAUCUCCGGGCCUGGCUGGCUUUGGUGUGUUGUGAGAUUUUUUUUUCUUUCUACCAUUUCGCCCCGACCGCCGCCGCCGCCGCCGAUAUGUAUUAAUAACAUAAUAUACACAUUCAUUAUUUAGUUGGACCAUUUAGUUAAUGGUCAGUCAGUCGCUUGCUGUCUGCCGAAAGGAUAGCAACCCAAACCCCCCGGAAGAGGAACGAAAAUAAAAAACGAAAUCCCCGAAACCACCCGGAACACCCGGUACGGAACUCAGAGUAGUGAUCUUGGAUUGGUGAAAUUUUGGAUAGAAUUUUUUUUGUGGAAAAAAAUCAAACAAAAAGUGCCCCUCGAGUAAAGUUGACCCAGAGUUGAGUAAGUGCCAUUAAGGAUUACGGAUUUCCAGCAAGGAUCACUGAUCGUGUGAGAUUUUUUUUUGUACGCUGAAAGGGAAAGUGUUUUUUGAAGUAGGAAAACACGAAAAAAAACCGCGCAGUGCCUUCAAAGAUUUCAUUGAAAUUGUGAUCGUUGAUUUUGAUCACCUUGUUUUAGCAGUCAGUGAAGCAGGAUAACACUUUGUGAUGCUUUUUGGGAAGCAGAUCGCACGAAGAUCCGUAGUUUCGAUGUGUUAGAAAAUCAGUUACCGAAAAGAUUGAAAAAAAAUUCAAACUACUGCCAUUGGCAAGUGCGAGUGCGUGUUGACGAGUUCCAAUUGACCAAAGCCGAACUGGUAAUUUUACGAUCGUUCAGUUCCGGGCUUUCAUCUCGUGAGCAGUGCAAAGUGAAGGAAGACAGUGCGUUCCGACGACGAUAACCGGAAGACGACCUGCAGCAAACGGAUAUUUGAACAGUUUUUUAACACGGUUUUGCAAUCGAUCGGUGGAUGGAUUUCAGCAUAAAAUUAAGAUAAUAAUGCUGCACACGAUCGAGUAGCAGCCCUCUCUACUGUCUACUCUUCCGCGUGGACGCGAUCAAGCGGGAAUCGCAGCAGCAGCAGGCCGACAGGGGCGCAGACUUUGUUUUAUGGAUGCCUUGCGUUAGGCGAUAGCACCUAUCUAGCAGCAAUAUGAGAUAUUUACAAAUUAUAGUAUUUAUAGUAGCGUACCAAAUUAGUUUAUCCUAUUCAAGGCGGUUUGGCAGCCGACACAAACGACAGUAUGGCAGUAAUCUAUAUCUACCAGAGAGUUACAUAGUUCCGGGCGGUGACGAUUCGCCCGAUGACCAGUGGGGACCGUGGGGAUCCCCGUCCGAGUGUUCGCGAACGUGCGGCGGCGGUGUGGCCUUCCAGGAGCGCGAGUGUCUCAAUCUGAGUCCAGAUGGUCAGACACUGUGCCGAGGAGGAAAUCGAAAGUAUUUCUCUUGCAAUAUUCAGGACUGCCCGGCAGGGGAACUGGACUUCCGCAAGCAGCAGUGCUCCGAGUACAACGAUGUGCCAUUCGAGGGACACCGGUAUCAGUGGGUACCGUACACGAAGGCCCCGAAUCCGUGCGAGCUAAAUUGUAUGCCCAUCGGUGAACGGUUCUACUAUCGGCACAAGGCGAAGGUUACCGACGGAACUCGCUGUAACGACGAAUCGUUCGAUCUCUGUGUCGAUGGGACGUGUCAGGCCGUCGGGUGCGACAUGAUGUUGGGAUCGAAUGCCAAGGAGGACAAGUGUCGAACGUGUCAGGGCGAUGGAAGUGGUUGUAAGACCGUCACCGGAUUGUUGGACGCCAACAAUCUUCAGGUUGGCUACAAUGACCUGCUGUUGAUCCCGAGCGGAGCGACCAACAUCGUCAUCAGUGAGCGAGGUCCGUCGAAUAACUAUCUGGCGAUUAGAAAUUUAACCGGAUUCUACCAUCUGAACGGAAACUAUCGGAUCGAUUUCCCACGGGCGCUUCAUUUUGCCGGUAGCGAUUGGCACUACGAACGAAGACCGCAAGGAUUCGCCGCUCCAGACAAGCUAACUUGUCUAGGUCCAACGAGCGAAUCCGUCUAUCUGGUGCUCCUUUCGCAAGACCGAAACGUUGGCGUCAGUUACGAAUACAGUGUGGCGUCAAAGUCUGCACCGGUUGAUGAACCGGAUAGCUACUCGUGGACCUACAGCCCCUUCGACAAUUGUAGUGCCGUUUGUGGUGGCGGUGUCCAGCACAGAAAUGUCACUUGUAACAGUCGGACCACGUUGAAACAGGUGGAAGAGGGUUUGUGUGAUGCCGGCUCUAAACCUACGGAUUCUCAGCGAUGCGGUAAGGAAGCCUGUCCACCGCGGUGGGUCGAGGCUGCCUGGGGUAAUUGUUCUAUGCCGUGUGGCAGCGAAGGCAAACAGACACGGGAUGUCCACUGUGAACGGGUUUCUGCCGAAGGUGUUCCGGAAACCGUGGAAGAUGCAGUCUGUUUGGAGCAGGUCGGUAAUAAACCGGCAACCGAGCAGGAAUGUAACCGGGGUACAAUUUGUCCCGAGUGGUACAUCGGAAAGUGGUCUCCGUGCAACAAACUGUGCGGUGAUGGCGAACAAACUCGAAAGGUUACCUGUUUCCGGAAGGAAAAUGGACGCAUUACCGUUCUGGAUGAUGGAGAGUGUCCCAAUGAAAAACCGGAAACGCAACAGUCGUGUAUGUUGCAGCCGUGCGAAGGUGUAGACUACAUCACUUCUUCCUGGAGCGGGUGCGACGAAUGUGGAACAACCGUGGAAACCCGUACCGUGCACUGUGCUUCCAAAGCCGGAGUCGUUUACGAUGACAAGUUCUGUGCGAACCAUGAGCUACCGGAGCUAAAACGAGAAUGCAAGGCCGUACCGUGCGAGUACCAGUGGUUCUCGUCGCAGUGGAGCAAGUGUUCGGCAAUUUGCGGGAAGGGCGUCCAGACGAGAACCGUCGUUUGUGGUGUCUUCGAUGGGCAGUCGUUGAAACGAGCGGAUGAUGACUACAAGUGCGAUGCGGCGCUCAGGCCUAAAUCCGAGCGGGAAUGCGAUGGACCUGACGAAUGCCCCGGGCAGUGGUUCACUGGACCGUGGACAGGUUGUUCGAAGGAUUGCGGAGGAGGAUUUAAGUCACGGAAAGUACUUUGCAUUGCUAAUGGAACCGUAGUGGCGGAGACGAACUGCAAGGUGGAUACCAUCGAGUUAAGUACGGAGUCUUGCAAUAGCCACGACUGUACGGAUGAUGAAAUUAUCCCGGUGGAUGCGACAAGUAAACCACUACAGGAAGAUGACUACGAUGAGGAAGAGUGGUGCGAUGAAGAGGACGAGGAAGCCGUAACCGAGCUACCGGACGGAAUCCUGAUGGUAACAGAUGAUAGCACCUUGGCCGAAGGAGUUGAUUUAGAAUCAUCUCAAGGAACGACCGAAUCUUCGUUGGAAACUGACGAAAUGAUGUUAAGUGAUGCGACUGGAUUCGAAACCGGAGCAACGGACGUAGACACGUCCACUGAUGUAUCAACGUUGGAGGGAUCUGGAUUCGACAUUGACGUACGAGGCGGUGAACUGGCAUCCAUGGCAACCGAAGAAGAAGGUUCCGGCGAUGAUGUUGAAGUGUUCACACAAACAAGCGAUUCUUCGGUUUCCUCCGAUAUAUUAUCAUCUUCGGUGGCACCAACUCUGGAAUCUCUGUCGUCUCUCAAAGAGACGGAAGCAUCAUCGGAGUCUUCAGCAAUCACGGAAGCCUCGAGUGUUGAUUUGUCAUCUGCGUCCGAGUCGGAAGUCUCGUCGGAAGCUUCAACGGAUGCCAGCAGUUCGGCAGAUUCGACUACGUCCGAUGCGUCCCCGUCCACUUCUGAUGCUACUACAUCCGAAAGUUCACCUUCUCAAUCAACGGAAACCACGGAUUCGAGUUCAACCACCGAAUCAUCUUCGACGAUGGAAACCUCGGAAGAGUCGUCGUCGUCGUCUUCAGAAUCAUCUACCACCGAGUCCUCUACGGAUUCUACUACAGCGAUUUCAACGGAGAGUGAAAUUCUUGAAUCCACCACUGACGCUUCAAGCGAUUCGAUCAGUACGGUCGAUUCUAGCGAGAGCUCAACAAUCUCCGAAGAAUCAACCACAGAUUCGUCCGUAUCUACCGAUAGCAGCUCAGCCGACAGUAGUACCGAACCGUCAUCGUCGGUGGCUUCCGAUGCGACCGAAUCAACCGGACCAACGGAUUCAACGGUUAGUGAAGAAACGGUUUCAACGCAGGAGACAGCCAGCACCGAAUCAGUCUCAACGGUGUCUUCCGUCAGUGACGCCGCUUCUGAUGGAUCGUCCACCGAGAGCGCUACGGAAGUCACGGAUUCAUCAACCGGCUCGUCGUUGGAUGUGGAAUCCAGCACUUUCGAUAUUUGGUUGCGCGAAGGAGGUGAUGAUGACGAGGAAAGUAGUACUCCGUACACUCUUACAUCGGUUAUUUCGAAGGAACAGAAACCACGCAAGUGCAAACCACGGCCAAAGACACCUCAGUGUGCCAAGUCGGAGUUCGGUUGUUGUUUGGAUGGCAAAACCAAGGCGGCCGGACCGUUCGACGAAGGUUGUCCGGUGCCGGAAACAUGCAAAGAAACCAAACACGGAUGUUGUCCGGAUGGAGUUUCACCGGCGAAAGGACCCCGAAACAAGGGUUGCCCCAAGUCCGACUGUGCGGAAUCGUUGUUCGGAUGUUGUCCCGAUAAGGUCACUCCUUCGGAGGGUAAUGACUUCGAGGGUUGUCCGGUGGAAACGACCACGGUUGCAGGUUGUGUUAUCAGCAAGUUUGGUUGUUGCGCGGAUGGUACCAGUGAGGCUAAGGGGGCUAACUUUAAGGGAUGUCCGGGAGUGGAAGAACCCGGAGAGGAUCAGGAGGUUGAAGCGGUUACGGAAGAAAAGGAACCUUCCAAGGUUGAAGGUUGUGCCGGAUCUAGCCAUGGAUGUUGUGGUGAUAAUGUUACGGCUGCUACCGGUCCCAAUGGGGAAGGUUGUGCGGAUUGUGCCAAGGAACUAUUCGGAUGCUGUUCGGAUGGAAAAACUCCAGCGCAUGGACCGAACCGGGAAGGUUGCUGCCUUGAGACACCGUAUGGAUGUUGUCCGGAUAACAUCAGUCCAGCGCGAGGACCCAACCAGGAAGGAUGUGGUUGUGAGUAUUCACCGUACGGAUGUUGCCCGGAUAACACGACUUCGGCUCGGGGUCAUGACAACAAGGGCUGUGGAUGUCAGUAUGCCGAGCAUGGUUGCUGUCCGGAUAAGGAAACCGAUGCGGAAGGACCGAAUUUCGAAGGUUGUCCGUGUCAUGCGUUCCAGUUCGGUUGUUGUCCGGAUGGAAUUACCCCAUCGAAGGGUCCACACAACCAUGGCUGCCAUUGUUCGUACAGUGAGUUCAAAUGUUGCUCGGAUGGUCAAACACCGGCCCAGGGACCGAACUUUGAGGGUUGUACGUGUGCCACCAGCAAGUACGGCUGCUGCCCGAACGGAGUGGAUGAAGCACAGGGAACGAAAUUCGAGGGAUGUGAAAUCGUGCCGGAAUCACCGCAGAAGGCUUGCGUUCUCAAGAAAGAUAUGGGUACCUGUCACAAUUACACCGUUAAGUACUUCUUCGACGUGGAAUACGGAGGUUGCGGACGGUUCUGGUACGGCGGAUGUGGUGGAAACAAGAACCGCUUCGACUCGGCCGAGGAGUGUAAGGAUGUGUGCGAAGCGCCGGCCGGGAAGGACGUUUGUCAGCUACCGAAAAUUACCGGACCAUGCACCGGGUACUAUCCGAUGUGGUACUACGAUACGGAUCGGAAUCAGUGUUCGCAGUUUACGUACGGCGGUUGCCUUGGCAAUGCCAACCGCUUCGAAACGAUCGACGAAUGCAAGGCCUCCUGUGUUGUGGAUGAUUCGCUUCCACCCUGUGAUCAACCGGUUGAAAAUGGACCCUGUAACGGAACGUUCGAACGUUGGCACUACGACAAAGAACGGGAUUCGUGUGAACGCUUCCAGUUCGGUGGAUGCAAAGGCAACAAAAACAAUUACGCCUCGGAAAGUUCUUGUAAUUAUCACUGCAAACAACCGGGUGUUCACAAACCGAGCUGCACAUUGCCAAUGGACGCUGGCAGAUGUGAUGGUAAGCUGGCCCGGUGGCACUUUAACCGUGACAGUAAUAAAUGCAUGCCUUUCUACUACACCGGGUGCGGUGGCAAUGAAAACCAGCAUGACUCACUGGAUCAGUGUGAAGAACGAUGUCCACCGAAGGUCGAGAAAGACACCUGCUUCCUGCCGGCGGAGAUUGGCGAGUGUCAGAACUACACGGCCCACUGGUACUUCGACACGAAGGAAUCCCGUUGCCGACAGUUCUACUAUGGCGGUUGCGGUGGUAACGGAAAUAACUUCGUCGAUGAACAGGCCUGCCAAAGCCGGUGUGUUGACGGAGGGGUUAAACAGCCGGAGGUCGCAGCACCAGUGGAACCAGCAGUUCCGGAUCAUCAACGACCGUCGGAGCGGUUCGAUACGCGGUACUGCUUCUUGGAUAUGGAUUCGGGAGACCGUGAUUGUACCGAGUGGGAAGCACGGUACUUCUACAAUCGAGCUACUGGAACUUGCGUUGAUUUUACUUAUACCGGUUGUGGUGGUAACGAGAAUAACUUUGCUAGCUUUAACGAGUGUGACAAAGCUUGCGGACGGGCUGAGAAUGCUUGCCAGCUACUGCCGGCCUAUGGGCGUUGCUCGGAGAACGAAACACGUUGGCAUUACGAUCAACGCACCCAACGGUGUCACGCGUUUACGUUCAGUGGAUGUGAAGGUAAUGCAAACAAUUUCUACACCGAACGGGAGUGCGAACAACAGUGCCGACAGGCACCACCGCCACCACCGGCUGCAGCAGCUCCUAGCGUUUGUGACGAACCGUACGAUUACGGAACUGGAAACGAACCGACCAUUGUCUACAUCUACAACAAGGAACGGGCAUCCUGCGAACAGAACUACUACAGCGGUGAGGGCGGCAACGGAAACCGAUUCAGUUCGCAAGAACAGUGUGAACGGCAGUGCGGCGAAUAUCGCGGUGUUGAUGUAUGUUCGGAGGCGAAGGACGCUGGACCGUGCGAUCAAUCGGAACCCAAGUUCUUCUACGAUUCGCUAACGAAGAGCUGUCAACCGUUCAACUACAGCGGAUGCGAGGGCAACGGAAAUCGGUUCGCUACGAGCGAGGAAUGCGAAGUGACCUGCAUCGAUAAGCGAGGGGACAACGAAGUGGAUCCUUGCGAUAGCUACAACCAAGAGUGCCUCCAGUUGCACUGUCCGUACGGAGUGGCACGAUCCUACGAUCCACACAACGACUGCGAACGAUGCUCGUGCGAAGAUCCGUGCCAGAACGAACGCUGUCCACAGGGAACGGAAUGUGCGGUCGAUCUGCAGAGUGACUACAAAGACGGAACGGUGUUUGUUGCGAUCUGUCGCCCAACGACGAAAGACGGUGAAUGUCCGCGGUUAGUCAAUGCUACCGUUUGUCAGGAUGCCUGUCGAACGGACGCGGAUUGCCGAAAUGAUAACAAGUGCUGCCAGGCGGGAUGUGCUACGGUUUGUGUUCCACCGGCGGCUCCACCCGUCGAUCAGCGACCUCCCUAUGAAACCGGACAACCUGCUCCGCCAGUUUUGCAGUCCGUUCCGGAAGAAGAGUUGGACAUUAAAUCGGAGGAGGGAGGCGUUGCGACGCUCAGGUGCUUCGCCACCGGAUUCCCGCCUCCUUCGAUUCGGUGGAAGAAGGGUGAAGUGAUUUUGAACACCAACCAAGGACGGUUCGUGCUGACAUCGAACGGAGAUCUGCAGAUCGUUCAACUGCAUCGCACAGACAGUGGAACGUACGUUUGCAUAGCCGACAAUGGAAUCGGUGAACCGGCGCUUCGUGAAGUCAAACUGCAAGUGAACGAUCCUGUUCCGCGGGAUGCCUACAUUGUGGGACCCAUGAACGAUACCCAGGUGGUGGAAUUGAACCAACCGGCGUCGAUUCGCUGUCCGGCCGGCGGUUUCCCGAAACCGAUCGUAACCUGGUGGAGAGAAACGUUCAUGAUGCCGAUCAAACUGAUCAACCGCGACUAUUCGCUACAGUUUACCCGCGUGCGACUGUCGGAUCUGGGUUCGUACGUCUGUCAGGCUUAUUCCGGUGCUGGGAAGGGUAUUUCUAAGACGGUCACACUGAAGGCUUACGGUCCCGUCCACAUCAGCGAUCCGGUGGAUGAAAAGUACCUCCGGUUCAUCGUUCAUUCUCGUCCUGCCCCGGUUCCGACCUAUCGCCCUGUGCUUCCCCACCAUCCCCGCCCUACUCCACCCGUUUACUAUACCCCUCCCCCAACGCCGGAACACAUUCCAGAACCAGUACCGGUUACGGCCCACCAGGAACUACCGUACGGGGAACAGUUUGCUCCGAACAGCAACAUCACCAUCCGCUGCAUCACCGAAGGUUAUCCGCGACCGACGGUCAACUGGUACAAGGACGGUCGGAUUAUGGAACCAUCGAAUCGAGUGCUGAUCGAGGACGACAACACGCUGCACGUUUUCGGGGCUCUGCCGACCGAUGCCGGCGCUUACAAGUGUCUCGCACGGAACGAACAUUCGGAGGCCUUCGAGGAAACGAUGAUUCGGGUGGAUGGUGUCUACAUCCCGCCGAACUGUACGGACAAUCCGUUCCUGGCCAAGUGUGCCCUGAUCGUGCAGGCCCGAUUCUGCAACCACAAAUACUACGCCCGGUUCUGCUGUAAGUCAUGUACCCUGGCCGGUCAGUUGCGUCACUGAGGAGGAGGAGGAGGAGGACAAUGACGACGACCGCGACGAAACGAAACGAUUGAUGGAUGAUGAUGAUGAUGAUCAGGGUGACGAACGAUUGAUUGAUUGAUUGAUUGAUUGGAGUGCAUGCGUGAACGGUUUUAGUUUUUAUUUGAUGAUCAUCCCUACUUUUAAGUUCUACGAUUUACAUUAACAGCCGCGCUAACGAAUGAAAAAGAUAAAGGCAUUUAGAUCCGAGCAAUUUUUCCAAAGUUAAUUACAAUUAGUCAAUUUUCCAAAUAGUGACCAAUCCGGUUUUAGGAAGGAUGGGUCACGGGUUUCGAUAUUUUUAGAAUGUAGUAAAGCCAAUCAUCAAGCGGAUGGAAGCACUAAAACCAAAAUGCAUUAGGCAGUAACAAGUUUUUGGCAGUUUUUCCACAGCCCUCUGUUUCCAGCAGUAGCGGCAACGGCCACAAAAGAUGUGAACAAAAAAAAAAACUUUCCAGUAAAUGCAUUUAAGUGUAAUUAAAAUCUCUUAACAAAAGCUACUGAACGUUAAAUGAAUUGCAUCCAAUCGGCACCUGUACUUUGGUACUUUGGUAGGUGGGCGGGAGCCGAUGAGUGUGUGAUUCCGGAAUUGUCGAAAGUAGAAGCAAAAAAAAAAUUUAUAUAUAUGUGCUGCACUGCUGCAAUCCUCUACAGCUGCUGCUUCCGUUUGCUGCUGUGUUUAUCUAUGUGUAUGUGUUCAUAGCGGCGGGUGCGCGCUGUAAAUUCCCAACUCGCCAACUCACCGCCGCAUGCGCUGCUCCCCCGUGCACACACCUGAAAAAUUAGUUACUGGUAACCGAUGUUAAUGUUAACUCCGGAAAAUUUACGACAUUCUGAGAAAACAACUUCCCGAAAAGAGUGCCUGUACAGUCUAACAAAAAAUGAAAAAAAUGGAAAAACAAAUGUUGCUUCCGAUAGAAGAAUGCUUUCGUGCUUUCAAUACUCGGCAGAAGGGCAGUUUUACCUCUAGGAUGGAACGAACCGAAACCCCGUUGGAAACGCGGCGGGUGGUGUUCGUUUAGUUUCGAGAAUCAAUUUAAAAUACUCUUACCUGUCAGUAAUUUGUUACAACACACACACACACACAACAACAGGCUAGCUAGCUUGCUAGCUGUUGAGCCAACCGCUCAACCGGCGGAUCUUCCAACUACAACUUAGAAAUGUACAUAUUCAAAAGUAGCCAUGGAAAAGAAAAGGAAAAACAGUAGAAAAAAAAGAAGCAUAUUUUUCACUAGUUUAGCUUGUCUAGCAGGAGUAGUCGUAACCGAAGCCAACACACUGUUCAUUAGUUUAACAAUAACAACAAAAACAACCAGCAACAACAAACUAAUAAGAAUAGAUGAUAUUACAACCGAAA